UAUAAACAGCGCUGGCUCAGAUAUAUAAAAGGCCCGACAUAGAAGUCACCACCAAAACUCCAACCCAACACUGCUCUCAACCCAACUCCUGACACCAUGGCCUGCUGCUCCACCAGCUUCUGUGGAUUUCCCAGCUGCUCCACUGCUGGAACCUGUGACUCCAGUUGCUGCCGGCCAAGCUUCUGCCAGACCAGCUGUGGCAUCGGCGGUGGCAUCAGUGGUGGCCAAGAGGGCGGCUACGGAGCUGUGAGCUCCCGCACCAGGUGGUGCCGCCCUGACAGCCGUGUGGAGGGCACCUCCCUGCCUCCCUGCUGCGUGGUGAGCUGCACCCCCCCAUCCUGCUGCCAGCUGCACCAUGCCCAGGCCUCCUGCUGCCGCCCAUCCUACUGUGGACAGUCCUGCUGCCGCCCAGCCUGCUGCUGCCAGCCCACCUGCUGUGUGCCCACCUGCUAAAAGCCAGGCUGCUGAUUUUCAAUUGCCCAGGACACAGUAUCUCUGAACACUUAAUAUCCUCAACCCACCCCUGGACCACUAACAAGUUCUUAGACUUCCAUUUGGAUUUUUGUUCUCAGGGCUACCAGGUAUGUGAGUUCUAUCUGAUUCCAUUCUACAAUGAAUAGCCUGACUCUCCACUGAGGACACAGAAAUGCUGGAACCCACCUCCUGAUCAUCAAAUUACUUUGAAUAUACUAUUUCUGAUUUUCCUGCAGGAUUGAAAAUUACUGUCAUAUUGUGGAAUUUAUGCUUGAGAACUGUCCACAAGUCUAAUUUUUCCCUACUUUAUGAUCUAUUUUUAGCUUCUGUUUCCCUAAAAAUUUUUUCAACUUCAAAGGCACCGGAGUAUAAUCAAGCAACUUUCCUCAGAUGUCACCAGAGAAAACUGAAGCUCUUCACCCAACAUUCAACUUUUAAGAAGUAGGCUAGACUUUCCCAUAUUUCAACAUCUGAUUCCAUCCUUUUUUUUUAUCAUAAUGAUCUUGCCUGUUGGCUAUUUCAAUUAUAUCUGUGAUACAGCGUCUUCUGUCAUUUCUUAAUAAAUAUUAUACACUAGGCAAAGAAA